UUGAAAAGAACAAACCUUGAGUUUGCUGAACGCCACAGUUUUUAAUAGAAUCUUGGAGCGAUGGCAUAGAAUCACUUAAAGCAAAGUGCUUUCAGCCAAAUAUUGAAACUGAAAUAUUGAAACAGUUUUUAAUAGAGAUUCGAACGAAAUUUGUCGUGUGUUGCGGCAUGAUUGUUACGUCGUAAGGACUUAUUUGAGUUUGUUGCGUUAAGUGGUGUUGGGGUCUUUAGGCAAGUCAUAUUGAAGUUAUAUUGAUAAACAGAGAAAAACUGUCUUGCGCGCGUACUUUGUGUCAUUUAGUGUUAAAAUGGCAACAGUUUUGCGAGUAAAAAGAAGAAAUAAUGAUCAGCCGCAGGAUGCGCUUAUUCUUUGUAAAUAUCCAAGAUUAGCUGAAGAUAGCGAUGAUGAUGUCGCUUGCUCAGGGGUCAUUCCUACAGUCGCCAAAUUUGCUGGUACACUCAAUGACCCGAAAGAAAAUGUUUUGAAACAUUUGGCCAAAACUUUGAACAUGAAAGAACUAGAAACUAGUUUCAAAAAGUCUCCUUGUGUAAAUUUGUUAGCACAAAGGCGUAAACAGACUAAAGAGAACUCUGCAGCUAACAGAUACAAAGUCGUCAAUUGCCAUCGUUCUUUGGAUACAUCAAGUAUGGAAGAAUUUGAGGACAAAGUGAUGACAUUCGUUGAUAUAGAGGAUUCAAUUUCCUUGGCAGUAAACCAAAGCACAGCAGCAGCAGAAAAAAAAGAAAAGAACAGCGAUUAUGCAUACGAUUUAUAUUAUGUGGAAAAUUGCGAUUCCAUCGACGAUUGUGUAUUGAUACAUCCAUACAAUGAGCAAGAGUUGGUGUAUGAAAUGCCCACAGAAGAUUUGCAAAGUGAACAUGACUCUGAGGAUUCCAAUGCAGAGUCAUAUUAUCAGAACAGUUAUCCUGAUACUGAUAAUUCAGACAACGAUUCAAUUGAUGAAGAUGACAUGAGAACCGCUAUUCGGAAUUUAGAGGAUUGCCACUUAUCCAGCGAGGACGACGACUACAAAGACUAUGGUGACGAGCCAUAUCCACUCGAUAUGAAAGACGUCGAGUUGCACGGCUACAAAUACGCUAGGUAUAAACAGAGGAUGAAGCCGCUGCUUUAUGGGGACAUCGCAGCUGAUGAUCAGAAUACUGACAGCAGUGACACUGACAGCAGUGACACUGACAGCAGUGACACUGACAGCAGUGACUCUGAAAACGAGAGAUAAAUCUUUGGGAUAGUAACAGGUCUUGUUUGCGUAUUAAACAAUCCGAGGAACGCAUAAAAACCUGAAUUUACCAUUGUCGCGAAGCAUCAACCAACAAAAACAUGUGUGAUAAAGAUUUACCUUUUCGGCAGAACGAGACCUGCAGUUAAGUCUAAUAAUUAAAACAAUUUUAUCGUUAGUUAUAAUAAUUAAAUAUCUCAAAAGCUACGCUGUGUGCUCAAAAGUUAGGAUCGAUUGAACAGUUGAUAGAAUUCACAUCUCAGAUCCUUGUGUGGCUCUGCCUAUUUUCAGAAAAAUUUGUUGGACUUGCGGGUACUUUUUUAUUCUGAAACAUACCAAUAGGAUUAGUUCAAAAGGAUUAAUUAAUAAACGUAAAAAGUUAAAUAAUUCCACAAAUGUAUAUAUGAACAAUGCUUUGUUCAUGAGUGGAUGUAUAUGUAGCAAUUUCAAUAAGUAUUUAUUUUUUUACGUAUCGCAAUUUACAUAGCGAUUCCAAAAUGGAUUGUUUCGUUACAAGGAUUUUACGCGAAUUGAUUUUAUAGUCUAUUCCGGAAUUUAUCUUGCAAAAAAAUGAAUUAAACAAUAAACAUUCCCAUUUAAUAUGUA